GGGGUUGGGGUAAGAGGCCGCUCACCCUGACCCUUUAUGUCUUUUCUGACAGGAAGCUCCUAAUCCAGAGGCACAGGGCGAUAUCAGUGUUCAUGUCCAUGAGUUUGUUACAGAGACUGACUGGGUCGAUGGUGUUGAAGGCGGAGCUAAAAUCCAUAAGCAGAGCACGGGUGUAGGUGUGAUAGGACUCGGGAUGGUGAAGUAUCCUGUGGCAUGCCAAGUUGACUGUAUCCUCCACAGAACUAUUGGCCCACUAUGUAAACCAGGGUUUUUCCUGGCUCAAAUUGAGGCAGAGGUGGCACCAUCCUGACCAUGCGCCACGACGUGCAUGUAUUUGUAAAUUCAACCGAUUCACUUUCUUUUACAGGCAACAUACUUUAAGUUAAGAGUUCAAAAAAGAGUGUGACCAUUAUCAUGUUAAAGCAUUAAUUUAUUAAAACUAUAUACAUACACAAAUCAGCUGGCAACUUUAAAUUGAAAGUACACUUCAUCCACACAUCUCACAACCAGACAGAACAUUUCAGCCUCCUCUUUUUCAUUCUGUAGAACCUCCUCAUGCACUCCUUGUAGUCCAAGGCCUCCUGGUCUGGUCCAUCAACGGCCACCUUACAACAGACAUCCAAGUGCCUCUCCUUCAGUCUGUUCCACAGAGGUGUCUUCACCUUAAACAAAACAAUUCAUCAUGCAUUAAGCAUUUUUGUUUUUAUUCUGAUACAGACAUGAAGAGUGAUAGUGUUUUCAAUCAUAUAUUAUAUAUAUAUGUAUACGCUGCAGUGUCCUCCCUAAAAAAAAAAACAACAACCAAUUAUUUCUUAAACUAUCUAAACUAUGUUAUUUUAUUUUUUGUAUCUUUAUUAGUUGAGUUUUUUAGGUACUACCAUCUUUAAUAUAUUUCUCCUUCUCUUCUGCUGCUUUGUGAACGGCUGUCACCUCAUGUCUUUUUAAUGUGUCCAGCCUGUAGUUGGUUGAUGGCUGUCUCACUAAGGAGGCAGCAAUUGCCUGCUGUGUUGGGGCACAGUGCUUUUGGCAUAAACAGCAGUGCAUGCCUUCCUCAGUAUGCCUGAGCCAGGUAAAUUGAUUGAGCCAUUGCUUGUCAAAGCCACUGGCUCUGUGUUUUUGAGAAGAUCUGGAAAGAGGAAUAAAAACCACGUACACGUCGGCUUUGCGUUGUUAUGCUCCUAAUUGGAAACUAAUUAAUUAAUUACCCUCGCCUCGCCGACUCGUCCUGUCCUGCAUUCUGACCCUCGCGAUCACCAGUCCCUUGUGAAGUACUUUCAGUACACCAUGAAUUAUAGCAUUUUAACUGCCUGUUACGUUUUUUCUCUGCUGUGUUUCACCUGGACUCUUGACUUUCCUCCUCGCGAGGUCGCUUUUUAAAGUACUGGCUGAUUUUGCCUGUCAUAACUGCAACGCUAAAAACGGAGUAAAGUUUUUUUGUUUGUUUUUAAAUAAACACGACAUGCUUGGAUGCAAAAAAGAGAAGCAGUAUUUACCUGUUUGUACCAUCCGCCAGGGAAAAUCAGGACGCCGACAGCACCAACUAGCGGGAAAAAAACUUGAAAAAACAUGAUUCAAUCCGUUUCUUCUUCGGUAGAUGCUUCAGGUCUUUCCGGUGCACUGCCGUUGAUAUAGCGCCUCUAUAGUGGCGCAGCGCUGCAACUGCAGUUAAAAUACGUUGCUGCUGCAUCGGGACAUCAAUCGCUCAAUCAACACAGCUGGAGCUUUACGCUGUGUUGAGCGAAAUCAAUCGCUCUGGCUGGGGGCGGCACAAAAUUAGGUGGAGGCGGCCGCCACGCAAUUUUGAACGCAGGAAAAACCCUGGACUGUAUCCUCCACAGACCUAUUGGCCCACUAUGUAAACUGUAAACUGUCCACUAGGGGCGUGGUGAGUUUUUGCAGGUGAGAGGGAAUGAUGCGUUUGAAUGACUUCAUGAGGACGGAUGUGAGGGUGAUUGGUCUAUAGUCAUUAGCUGCGUUUCCAUUACCCAUAGAUUUGCGCAAAACCUAAAUAUCGCAAUAGAAAACUGGUAAUGGAAACACCUACAUUUCGAAAAACCUCCCAAAUAUCGCUAAAAAGUUUUUACGCUCUCAUGAGGUGGUUUUUCAGACGUGUCGAUAUAGAAGUAUAUCACAAAAGUGUAAUGGAAACACUAUUCUCACAAUUCUCUGUCACCGGACGUGACAUAGCGGGUCAUGUGACCAGUUCAUUUCAAGCAAAGAUGGCGCGGUAUGUGUGGACGGGGGAGGAGACGGAGUUAUUUCUUAAGUUUUGAAUCCACAGUUCGUCUGUGAAUUCCUCAUUAACGAUCCUCUCCCAGAAAUCCCUCCUCCGUGUCCGCUCCCAGACAAACGGGCUUUGCCUUUGAAUUAUCACCCGCUGCCUUCGUCUUCUGAUGACAGCGGCGGCAACAGCAGUAAUGGUCACAGAAAUAGCUGCUCCAAAACGCAAAAUGUUUUGUAUCUCCUCCAUGUUGGUGUGCAAAAAGGCUUGAGGAAUACGAGGUCGCACGGGCAGGAAGUUUACCUCGUUGCUAGGCAACGGCCAUUCAAACACAGCUCGCGAGAGGCAGACGGCUCGCUUAUGCACUGAACACCCGCAAAUCGCAAUUGUACUUUGUCGAAAUUUGAUAAACAUCACUUUUAUUUUGCAAACAAAUGUCAUGGAAAUGCAGCUACAGAGACCGGAUCUAUUAUCGCCUUUUGGUGCCGGAAUGAUAAUAGAGUCCUUGACGCACUAGGGUACCUUGCACUGGCAGAGAGAGUUAUUGAAGAUGUUGGUGUAUAUUGGGGCUAGAUGGUAUGCACAGUGUCCCAGAACUGUUGGGCUAACAGCAGGCUUCAUCAGAAGAGUAACUCAAAGGUUGUAAAUCCAAAACUAGAGAACAAUUAAGUAAAACCCGCCCACAAGAACCUAAAGCCCCCCGCAUAAGACUCAGGAGGAGGAACAGACGGCUCCUUGUUUGGGGGGAGGGGAGCAGACUCAGGAGAACUACUCACAGCAGCAGGUAAGCUAGAGGGGUUAGAGCAGGAAUCACCAAUGUGUUGAUCUUAAUCGACCGGUCGAUCUUUCAGACAUGCCCAGUCGAUCUCAGAAAGAUACCCAAAAUAUACAAUUUAUUGGGCUCCUUGUCUAUUAAUUGUUCCAGUUUGUGAACGCCUCUUUCUCUCAAUGAAAUUAUCAGUCUAGAAGCCACGAGUAUAUUUGGAGGGGAAAACAAGGGGAAACAACUUCAAUCUUUUGCACGCGCAUAGCGUGAUGACGUCUGGAUCUUUAGCUAGCGCGUGAACGUCAACCAACGUUAACUGUCACAAACAAAUAGGAAAGUGAACAAACGACAGCGAAAGAAGCCAAAAACGUAUCAUUUCGACACAGAAUGGGAGGAGGAGUUCAUUUUUACUACGGUAAAAGACAAGUGUGUUUGUAUGUUGUGUGGUCAAACACAAGCGUUGGCAACCUGGAGCGCCAUCGCACCAAAACCCACCCGAAAUUCCAGGAUAGCUACCCGCCAAAAAGCAGACUCUGGGCAAAGAAAGUGGAAGAACUCAAAUCGGGGUUGUAAACCCAGCAAUGCCUUUUCUCUAAACCUGCCGCUCUAAACGAAGCUGCCACAGAAGUUUCAUUUCGCGUGAGUCACCUGUUAGCUAAUCGAAAAAAAACCUUUACGGACGGAGAAAUUGUGAAGGAAGCAAUGGCCAUCACAGCAGAGACCAUGUUCAGGGAUUUCAAAAAUAAAGAAGAAAUCAAGUCUGCACCCCGCAGUGUUUCACUUUGCCCCACAACUGUGACAAGGCGGGUGGAAUCUCUGUCCGAGGACGUGGAUAGACAAGUGUUGCGGGACUUAACGGACUGUGAAUACUUCUCACUCCAGUUUGGUGAAUCCCAGGAUAUAAUGGACACUGCUCGGCUUGUUAUUUUUGUCAGAAUGACCUCCCCGGAGGUGAUGAUCACCUCACAGACUGCCUCAGAUUGGCUGUCAGUAGCUAUGAGCCAAACGUCAAAUCACUCACAAACAGCAUCCAGUCACAGCCGUCACACUGAUUCAAGUUUGAAUGCCAAUGUAGACCUAAUGAUGCUGCAAUGAGAGGACAGUUCUUUUCUCUGUCUUUUUGUAUUUUUAUAAAAUGCUCAUGGUUGGCUAGAUAUAUUUGAUUAUGAGAAUAUUCAGAAUGUCAGUUCACUCAAACAUUUUUAUCUUCAUUUUUGUGUGUGACAAUUACAUUAUAUUUGAAACCUUGAAGUGACAUAAUCUGAUUUUUUUUUCAAUUUGUAUUAGGCCUGAACGAUAUAUCGUUUGACUAUCGUCAUCGCGAUGUACGUGUGUGCGAUAGUCACAUCGCAGAGCCUGCGAUAUUGGAGGUGAAUGAACUCAUUUAAUUUCAAGGGUAACCGACUGAGAUACACUCCAUGUGACUCUGCAUGUGCUGUGCAGCGAUCCACCAAUCGCCUUCGUCCUUAACUCAGUUGCCAAUCAGACUACCCUGCCAGCUGUCAAUCAAAAUCAGGGAGGAGAAAACCCACCCCUGCACAUGUUCUGCACAUGGAGGGAGACGUGUGUCCGCUGAGAAUUACUUUCGGAACUUUACUCAUGACUGUUAAGCCCAACAAAUAAGAACUGUAUGGGUUUUAAAUUGUACAUUUCCGUGGACCACUCUACUAUAAGCAGUGCGCGUUUUGCGAGGUGCAUGCAAUUCUCGGAGGACAUGCGUUUCUCGGCACAACACCGCUAACAACAACAACAACGAUCGCAAAAUGAACAACGAACAAGAGAAAACCACCGAAAAUGAAGAUUUGUUGCCAAAAAGAAAAGGAAAGUCAGUUAUCUGGAAUUAUUUCGGUUAAAAGUAGGAUGAUGUCGACCAAAACACGUCUUCUGUGUUCACCUGUUGCCACAAUAACGUCCCAGCACAAUAAAAGCUAAAAAUAUCUCUGAGACAGACAGAAGCCGUUCUACUAACAUUCACAAAAAGAGGUAAGAUCAGAGCAGAUUAACUGUCCUCAAGAUUUCAGCAGUGCAGCAUAACAUUAAGUGCUAUUCAGGUCAUCUGGUGAAAAUACUGUAUUUUUAAUAUCGCAAUAUAUAUCGCAGGGUUGAAAAAAUCGCAAUAUUAUUUUUUUCCAAUAUCGUGCAGCCUUAAUUUGUAUGCUAUAUGUCCAGUAGGUGGCUCUACCUGUGUGUGAACAUUCGGCAUAUGUGAGUGAACAUUGUGUUCACACACAAGUAGAGUCACCUACUGGAUAAAACAUGUAAUUGACAACUUGUCAGCGUGUAAUUGCAUGUUUUGCCCAGUGCAAAUGCAAUGAAACCAUGUAUAAUCCAUAAUGAAUUAAUGCACACCAACAGAAAUAUGAAAUAGGGCACUAAACCAGCAAUUUGGCUUUUUUUCUAUCAGCGCUUCAAUAGGUAGAUCUUGCCUCGCACCAAAGUUGAGGUAGGUGAUCUUGGGCUUAAAAGGGUUGGUGACCACUGGGUUAGAGGCGCCACCUGGUGCACAGUAGCAGACGUAGCUGAUGGAGUUCCUGCAGAGAUCCCAUUAUGCUGUGUAAUAUGUUGUCAUGUCAUUCAAUGAGAACACCUUGUGUGGAAAAGGCUUCCUUUGCUGCAUCCGGAUUUGCUUGGUCCGUAAGCAGAGCAGAGGAAAAAGCAGAAACUGUUGUGCAGUUGUAUCCUCUCCUCUGUGCCUUGGUUCAUGUCGAAGUUGAGCAUGCACUGAUAGUUUCUUGAGUAUCAGUUGACAACAGCACAAAGACGGUCAGAAGAGUUAUAGACAGACAGUUGAACUCCUGUUGCUUCUUUGCUGACAGUCAUGUUUAAUAUCAACUGACACACUAGUGACAUGUAACUUUAUAUCUGCUUUAUAAAAAUGAUGUGUCUUCAUUUUGCUUUAUUGAGGGUUAAUUUGACCAAAAUUCCCUGAAUUUUUGAGUCUUUAUUUUAGGUACUGUAUUAGUGGCAUUGCAACGCCCUCUGGUGGCUGUAAGAGGAUAUACUACUUGUUUCUGCCCCCUCCUCUGUCUGCUUGGAGUUUGACUGUGAGAGGUCAGUGUUGCUGGUAAGUAAGGAGUACACUAAGAACUUUAGGGGAUCAAUGAAAAUUGAUCCAAUAAUGUUUGUCUCAUUAGUCUACAUAUGUACUAUUGUUUGAAAUCAAUCUUUGGUCUUUUGGUCACAUGACAGUGAAGCUAUUGAAGGAAAACAGCCUUUUCUGAGAACAUCAACCGGUAAUUUAUUGACGGUCCCUUAUUCAACACUGACGUUGACAGUGAGGGUGUCGAGUAGAUUUAACCGAUGCUGUUGUUAUUCCUGGUUAUGGAGAGUGAGCAGACACCGGUAGAUCCUCAGAGAAUGUCCGUCAGAUAUCCAACCUGAAACUAACUUCACCGCCGUAUUUACAGGAAAAUAUAUCCAACCUGAAACUAACUUCACCGCCGUAUUUACAGGAAAAUAUAUCCAACCUGAAACUAACUUCACCGCCGUAUUUACAGGAAAAUAUAUCCAACCUGAAACUAACUUCACCACCGUAUUUACAGGAAAAUAUAUCCAACCUGAAACUAACUUCACCGCCGUAUUUGCAGGAAAAUAUAUCCAACCUGAAACUAACUUCACCGCCGUAUUUACAGGAAAAUAUAUCCAACCUAAAACUAACUUCACCGCCGGAUUUACAGGAAAAUAUAUCCAACCUGAAACUAACUUCACCGCCGUAUUAACAGGAAAAUAUAUCCAACCUGAAACUAACUUCACCGCCGUAUUUACAGGAAAAUUUAUCCAACCUGAAACUAACUUCACCGCCGUAUUUACAGGAAAAUAUAUCCAACCUGAAAUUAACUUCACCGCCGUAUUUACAGGAAAAUAUAUCCAACCUGAAACUAACUUCACCGCCGUAUUUACAGGAAAAUAUAUCCAACCUGAAACUAACUUCACCGCCGUAUUUACAGGAAAAUAUAUCCAACCUGAAACUAACUUCACUGCCGUAUUUACUGGAAAAAAAACAUUUGUUGCCUCAGCUUAUUUUUUUAAUGUGCACAUGUGACCCUAAAUACAUUUGACAAUGUGCACACAUCUAAUUUUUUUAUAGUUUGGUUGUUCUAAAUAUUUUGACGGGAGAUGGACUUUGUGACUUUUCCAUGUGUAUGCACUUUGUAAAUCAGAGUGAGAGAGAGCUAGCUUAACACUGGUUUGCUAUGUGGGUUUGUGUGUGCGUGCGGGUUGUCGCAACGGUAUAACAUCCUCUGAAACAAGUUCUGAGCAUUUCUUUUCCUCAUGUUAGGCGUGUUGUGAAGAUCUGAUCCUUCUCUCUUUGAGUUUGUUCAAAAUGAGGUGUGAUAUUUACAGAAGAACCCUGAUCCUCCCAUGAACCUUCUUAGCUAAGUCACCCGAUUUCACUGCUGGGACCCAAAAAACAGCAACCACUCCUGAGACUGAAGUCCAGAUUGAAGGACCCAUCAGAGUUGAGUAGAAUCAGGAUAUUUAGAAAGCUGUGAUGAUUGAACAAAAUUCUCCAGACUCUGAAUUUCCCUCGUACCUUUUUAUUAUUUUUUUUAAAUCUUUUGAUGCUUACAGUAGAAAGAAAACAAAGAGAGAGAAGAUGACAGCAUGAAUCAGGUCAGCAUUAUUCUGACUGAGCUUGUUGGACUUUUCUGCUCCGGUGAGGACUCAGAGAUUUGGACCUCAGAUCAGUUUACAUGUGUUUGCUCCUCACAGGAAACAUGAUGUUACAGACACAUGCUGACAGGAAGAGUCACCAUCAAAAAAAGAAGAAAACAAAUCGACAUUUUGAACCUCACACUGUGGCGUCAGCACAAUCCUCAAUC